CGAAGGUUGUUACGACUUGGUACGAUGAGUGCAUGUUACGAUACUCGAACAAAUCUAUCUUCUCAAUUUCUGAUCAAUCUGUCAGAUAUAUCUUAGUUAAUACGGAGAACAUAAAGGAUCCAAAACGUUUUACAAAUUUGUUGGGAAAGGUGAUGGAUGAUGUAGCGACUCGUGCUUCGAAUGGCGUGUCGGGUAAGAAGUUUGCGACGGGAGAAGCUGAUUUCUCGGCACUUCAGACACUGUACGCCUUAGCGCAGUGCACACCGGACAUAACUACCUCUGAUUGCAAUACAUGUCUUAGAGAUGCUAUAUCGAGUUUUCCGGAUUGCUGUGAUGGAAGAAGAGGUGGGAGAGUUCUGUUUCCGAGUUGCAAUGUCCGAUAUGAGACUUAUCCAUUUUAUGCCACCCCUGCACCGCCGCCUUCGUCAGGUUAAAUAAUAGUACUAUGAUAUGUAUCAGUCAAUAAUGUAUCUGGUCAAUAAUGUAUCCACUAAUAUAUCAAUAAUGGCUAUAUUUAAAAUUCAUUGAAA